ACAGAGUCGGACGGCGUCUUGUCCGCUUCGAGCACCAUGGACCUCCCAUCUGCACGCGAGAUAGAGCUCGAGACGCUCCUGCGGGAGCGAGACGCACAGGUCGCGGAGCUGACGGAUGAGGUCACGCACCUGCGCCAAUAUUUGUCUACCCAGCCUGCACCAUCCACCACCGACCCUAUCUCCUUGCCUCCCGCGCUGAUAUCCCUGCUCCUGCCCCACAUCAACGACCAUGCAGGGAGCGCCACAGCAACGUCAAGCUCCGUCACCACCGCCCUCACGCACCGCGCAAAGGUAUUGCAGGAGGAGAAUGACGAACUCUACGAGCUGCUCAAGGUUGGCGAGACGGGCAGGCUGAAGGAGGACGUCCGCGCCCUGCGUCGCGUCGUGCAAAAGCUGGAGGGAGCGCUCAAGGAAUCACAUCAGGUUAUUGCAUCCCUGUCCGGUGAGCUGGACAAGUCUCAUGAGGCGAUCAUGGCGCAGGGGCGCCCCUCGAGCGUCGUCAAAGCUCACUCACAUUCCCAAUCACCUGCACCGACGCGCAACAUGUACCAGCAACCCCCUCACUUAUCCUCUGCGACGAAUGGCUCUGCGAAGCUCCCUCCCACUGGGCCACGUGCCCACAAAAAGCCACGUCUCUCCGAAUCGCACACGGCUCCUGCACUUGCGAGUGCACCCCUCCACGGUGCAUCCAAACCAAACCACGCCCAAGCCGCGUCCUCCACCCAAGGAGAAAAGCGCAGCAGACGAGAGUCCGUUGAUCGAAGGGCCCUGGCUGUCAUUGACGAGGACCGCAAACCGCGGUCACCUGAUCAGGAGCGCGAGCGAGAGAGGCCGCGCGAGAGCGACAGAGAGCGGGCCAGGGAGCGAGAAAAGGACCGCGACCGUGUGCGAGAGCGCGAGCGGGGCAGGGACAAGGAUAGGGAACGGGCGCGCGAGCGGGAUCGUGACCGCGAUCGCCCCUCCAGGCGCAAUGGUGGGGGCCGUGGGGGAGGAGGAGGGGGUGGGGGAGCGCGGCGCGGCGGGCGAGGCCACACUGGCGCUUCGUACGACAGCGCGGAUCGGACGUUGGCGGAAAGAAUGGGACUGUAACGGGACUUUGCGGUUUUCCUCUGGAUAGGACAGGAUGUGUCUGUGUAGUCCCCUCAACGCCUAGUUGUAUACG